CGUUGUAUGAAGAUAAUAUCCAGUUUCACGUUUCACGUGGAAAAAUGGUGCAAAUAACUUCAAAAAACAAGUCAUUUGGAUUGGUCUUAACUUCACCCUAUUCUCAGAUUUAUAAUUUAUAGGUUAAGUUAUUUCAAAUGUCAGAGUCGAAUACAAAAAUACAAAUAUUUUGAAAUGGUUAUUUAUGGUAUUUAUAUUGUUUCAAAAUCUGGUGGUUUAAUCUUUAAUUACGACAAUCUUGUACCAAAUAUCGAAACCGAGAAGAAAUUUUCUUAUCCUCUGGAUAUAAAGUUGAGGGUGGAGAACAAAAAAAUUGUAGUUGAAUUUGGUCAGAAAGAUGGGAUCCAAGUGGGUCAUGUAUUAAGUGCAAUUAACGGGAUACCAGUAACGGGGCAACAAUUGGAUAAUGGGCAAGAUGCCAUGGUAUUUUUAGACAAAAAAGAGAAUUAUCCUGUUACAUUACAAUUUGGCAGGCCAAAGAUGACUACGAACGAAAAAAUAUUUCUUGCAAGCAUGUUUUAUCCCCUGUUUGCUAUAGCAAGUCAGCUGAGUCCUGAACCAAAAACUUCCGGAAUAGAAGUACUUGAGGCAGAUACAUUCCGACUGAACUGCUUUCAGACUUUAACUGGGGUGAAGCUGAUGAUAGUUACUGAUAGGGCACAAACAGGAGUUGAAAUUUUACUUAGAAGAAUAUAUGAACUUUAUGCUGAUUAUGCUUUAAAAAAUCCAUUUUAUUCAUUAGAAAUGCCAAUAAGAUGUGAACUGUUUGAUAGUAAUUUAAAAGGUGUACUUGAACAGAUAACGAAAGUCGGUAUUAAUAAUAUUUAAAUGUAGAAGUACAUAAAAUGUUUUUAUUCCUAAAAACAAAAAUAAUCCUAAUAAAAAUAAAUGCUCCUUAUCCUAA